AUGUCCAACAGCAGCUCCAUCACUGAGUUCCUCCUCCUGGCAUUCGCAGACACACGGGAGCUGCAGCCCUUGCACUUCGGGCUCUUCCUGGGCAUUUACCUGGCGGCUCUCCUGGGCAAUGGCCUCAUCAUCACUGCCAUCGCCUGCAACCACCACCUCCACACCCCCAUGUACUUCUUCCUCCUCAACUUGUCCCUCCUCGACCUGGGCUCCAUCUCCACCACUGUGCCCAAAGCCAUGGCUAACUCACUCUGGGACACCAGGGCCAUUUCCUACACAGGAUGUGCUGCACAGGUCUUUUUUUAUUUCUUUCUAAUGUCAGCAGAAUAUUUCCUUCUCACAGUCAUGGCCUACGACCGCUACAUUGCCAUCUGCAAACCCCUGCACUACGGGACCCUCCUGGGCAGCAGAGCUUGUGUCCACAUGGCAGCAGCUGCCUGGGGCAGUGGGUUUCUCUAUGCUGUGCUGCACACGGCCAAUACAUUUUCUAUACCUCUCUGCCAUGGUAAUGCCCUGGACCAAUUCUUCUGUGAAGUUCCCCAGAUCCUCAAACUUUCCUGCUCAGACUCAGACUAUCUCAGGGAAGCUGGGCUUAUUGUGGUUAGUUCCUCUUUAUUCUUUGUUUGUUUUGUUUUUAUUCUGCUGUCUUAUGUGCAGAUGUUCUGGGCAGUUUUGGGGAUCCCUUCUGAGCGAGGACGGCACAAAGCCUUUUCCACGUGCCUCCCUCACCUGGCUGUUGUCUCCCUGUUUAUCAGCACCGGUAUGUUUGCCUGCCUGAAGCCCAGCUCCAUCUCCUCCCCAUCCCCGGACCUGGUGGUCGCCAUUCUGUAUUCCGUGGUGCCUCCAACCUUGAACCCUGUCAUCUACAGCAUGAGGAACCAGGAGCUCAAGGAUUCGCUAUGGAAACGAGUUUAA